UUCAGAAAGAUGGAGGACAGAAGAGAGCUACCAAAGGAGGGAUCCAGGCCAUAAGAUUUUUGGACCAAUAAAAGGGAAAUAUGGGGCGCCCUGGCAUGCUGCCUGGCAGCCGCAUGAACCCUCAGGGACCUGCAAUGGGACCUCCAGGGUAUGGCGGGAGCCCCUCAGUCCGACCUGGGAUGGCUCAAUCAGGAAUGGAUCAGUCUCGUAAAAGGCCAGCUCCUCAGCAGAUCCAGCAAGUACAGCAGCAGUCAGUUCAGAAUCGUAACCACAAUGCCAAGAAAAAGAAGAUGGCAGAUAAGAUUCUACCUCAGCGGAUCCGGGAACUGGUACCGGAAUCUCAGGCAUACAUGGAUCUGUUGGCAUUUGAGAGGAAGCUGGACCAAACCAUUAUGAGGAAGCGGUUGGAUAUCCAGGAGGCCUUGAAACGCCCUAUUAAGCAAAAGCGGAAGCUGCGCAUUUUUAUCUCUAACACCUUCAACCCAGCCAAGUCGGAUGCAGAGGAUGGAGAAGGCACUGUGGCCUCCUGGGAGCUCCGGGUGGAAGGACGACUACUAGAAGAUUCUGCUCUCUCCAAAUAUGAUGCCACGAAGCAGAAGAGGAAAUUUUCAUCCUUCUUUAAGUCUCUGGUAAUUGAACUGGACAAGGACCUCUAUGGUCCUGACAAUCAUUUGGUGGAGUGGCAUAGGACUGCUACCACCCAGGAGACUGACGGUUUCCAGGUAAAAAGACCUGGUGACGUGAAUGUGCGCUGUACUGUCCUCCUGAUGUUGGACUACCAGCCUCCACAGUUCAAACUGGACCCACGUUUAGCUCGACUUUUGGGGAUCCACACCCAGACACGCCCAGUGAUCAUCCAGGCCCUGUGGCAAUACAUCAAGACUCACAAGCUGCAGGACCCCCAUGAACGGGAGUAUGUCAUUUGUGACAAGUACCUCCAGCAGAUAUUUGAGUCUCCGCGAAUGAAGUUCUCAGAGAUCCCCCAGCGGCUUCAUGCUUUGCUUAUGCCGCCCGAACCGAUCAUUAUCAACCAUGUCAUCAGUGUUGAUCCAAAUGACCAGAAGAAAACUGCCUGCUAUGACAUUGAUGUGGAAGUGGAUGAUACUCUGAAAACGCAAAUGAAUUCCUUCUUGCUCUCCACAGCCAGUCAGCAGGAGAUAGCUGCCCUAGAUAAUAAGAUCCAUGAGACCAUAGAAACCAUUAACCAGCUGAAGACCCAGCGAGAAUUCAUGCUGAGCUUUGCCAGAGACCCCCAAGGCUUCAUCAAUGACUGGCUGCAGUCCCAAUGUCGGGACCUGAAGGCCAUGACCGAUGUGGUUGGGAACCCGGAGGAGGAGCGCAGAGCUGAAUUUUACUUCCAGCCAUGGGCUCAGGAGGCUGUGUGCAGAUACUUCUACUCCAAGGUUCAGCAGAGACGGCAAGAGUUAGAACAGGCCCUGGGAAUCCGCAACACAUAGGCAGCCCGGCCUCUCCCUAGCCGCCAGACCUUACAGCUACCAAACACUGCAGGGAUUCACUGCUCAGGCCUGUACAAGUCCCACUCCAGCACCGAACCUACCCUUUUCCCCUGCCCCACCUUCCUCUCUUUCUGCUGCUCCAGUCCCCUCCUUGGAGGAUGAAGUUGGCUGCCAGACCAAAAUUCUCACAUUUCCAUCUGGCCCGCCUUGCUUGAUGGUUGCCUUUUCGAGCCCCCAAUCCCCAAAGGCUCUCCCGUCCUGGCUCUAGCUGAAGCUCUUCUGUCUCUGGGACAGCUUCAGUUCAGAGCCUUACAAGCUCAGGACCCUUGCCAGUCCACAGGAUUCUGCCCGCUAAGCUGUGGGCUGGACAGCUCUUCUGCACAUCAGCUCUGGAUCUUGCCUGGGGGGCACUAGCUUCACCCUGUUAGGUUCCUGCAGGGUGUGAGGAGAAGGGCAACCCUCCUAUACCUUCUGACCUUUAAAGGGACUAGGGUUAUAAUGCAGACUUAUUCACCAGGAGAGAAUAAUACCUCUCCCUCCCUCCCUCUCUCUCUGUCUUUCUCUCUGUGACUUUGUCUCACUGGGAGCUGCCAUAUGGCAAAGUUGGCGUGCUGACUGCAGGGUCAAGGCAGUCAUGCCUGUCUUUUAUUUUAGUGUCUUGUUAAGAAAAAAGUCAAUGGGAUGACUGGUGGAGCUGCUAGGUAAAGUAUUGGGCCUCCCCCAGUUGAACCCCGGUGGCAAUUCCAGAUCUGUGCCUAUAGUGAAGGGUGGGGCCUUGCAUCUUCAUCCCAAACCCUCCACUCUCCUUCACCCACCUCCUGAAUUCUCUGGAUCCGCAAAUGUUGGCAGAAGGAUGCCUUCCAGCUCCAGCUGGCAAAGUGGCAAAGAAGGAGCAAGAAGGAAAGGCAAGUGGUCAUGUGGGGAACAGAGAUCUGCGGGUGAGCAGUCUUAACCUGGGAACUUCUGUCAGAAAGGCUAGCCAGCAGGAAUGAAUUUUGCUGCCCAAGGCCCCCCCCCACCUGCCCCCUGUCUUGCUUGCUCCUGGGCCCCAGCUGAUUGUGGCAAGGGCUGGGUAAAUAGGGUGGUUAGCAGAGGAGGGAGCUCUGUGGAGACUGUAACACAGCUGGACUGUGCCCAGCUGCUCGUAGUCUGACGCUAGCUAGAAAAAUCAAGUGACUAACAAGACCCCCUUUUUUUUCACCCCUCUUUCGCUUGUGGAGUGAAGCUAGAGGAAUCGCAAUGAAUUCAGGAGUCCAGCUGGUCCUUUCCCCUUCUUUCUCUCGAGCGCAAGAGGGAGUUUCCCCUUUUUGUCUUGUCUUUGCUUCAGGAAAGGCCACCUGCCCUUUUGCGCCGCCCCCCCGCGCGCCAACCCUUUGCUUUAUGGUACCGGAGAAUAGAGCCCCGGCGCCUUUCGUAGCUGCCACAGGCUCUCAGGGCAAGUAUCGACGAAGGACGCUCAGAGACCGACUGGCUUGGCAAAGCGUAGCUGUUUCUAACCGCACCCUUUUCUUAUGCUUUGUAUUUGUGGUUCUUUCUCUCCCCUGGCUAUCUCCUCGGACCAAAUUUAUUUUGUACUGUAUCCUUUUAGAUGUCACCUUGUUUAAUAAAAGCUGCCUCUUAAGUGAAAA